UCUGAGAAAUCACAACUACCCUGGAGAGGGAGGGACCCUGAGCACCAUCCCAGCAUCCAGACUCACACUCUCAGUGUCUGCUUCAGGAGCCACACUUCCAGCUUCCUCAUCUGGGACCCACACACCUGCACACCGAACGCCAGAGAUGCACCAGGAGGAACACGAGGUGGCCGUGCUGGGGGCACCCCAGGGCUCGGGGCCCGUGAUGUCCACCGUGGUUAACAUCCGCAGCGAGACCGUCGUGCCCGACCACAUCGUCUGGUCCCUGUUCAACACCCUCUUCUUUAACCCCUGCUGCCUGGGCUUUGUGGCAUUUGCCUACUCCGUGAAGGCUAGGGACCGGAAGAUGGUGGGAGACGUGACUGGGGCCCAGAGCUACGCGUCCACAGCCAAGUGCCUCAACAUCUGGGCCGUGGUCUUGGGCCUCCUUGUCAUAUCCGCCGUCACCAUUACGGUCAUCGUUAUCACUACCGGUGCAGUGGUUCGCAGACCAUAUUAGAAGAACUACUAGACGUCAUAAAGAGUUAUGGAGGCCACUAGCAGGUGUCCAUAGCCUAAGGCUGUCACCCUUUCCACAGCUGUUCAUUACACACACGUGUCUACAACUGAAUUCAAUAAAGGAUUUGUAUGUGA